AUGCCGUUCUUUUCUCGCGUCUUCCGGGGUAAAGACUCCAGCGCGACCAAAAAGCAAGCCAAGCCGGCGCCGACCUCGGACCCAACGCCCGCGAAGCCCAAGUGGACCGACGCAUGGCAGCGCACGGAGGUUGCGCCGGAGGAAGUGCAGGAUCUUGUGAAGGGCUGUGCGCAAGAAUUGAAGGCUCGAGCUCUUGACACUCCUUUCCUUCUCCUGCCGUUCCGUCCAAGCUCCGAUCCCAGCGCCGCCCGGACUUUCGUUCGCAACUACUUCAACCAGUCCUUCGAGAAAGGCACCCCUGUCAACGGCGAUGAGCUCAUGCAGGAGCUGCGGCUCAAUGAGCCGAUGGUACUGGCUAGUGUGCUGAAAUGGUGCUGGAGCAGACUUCCCGGUGGUGUGGUUACGUGGGAGGCCUAUGAGCUGUUCAAGGUCGGCGAACAAGACUCCGAUUGGGCCCGCGACGCUUUCUCGACCUUUAUCCCAAUCAGUGUGGACUCCGAUGCGCGUACACAGAUCAUCUUCUCCUUCUUUGACUUGCUGGCUGCAAUUGCCGCGCAUGGAAAGAGCAAUGGUCUGGGAGGUCGCAAACUCUCUCGCUAUGCUGGAUGGUGGGCCUUUGAACAUACGGACACGGGCAAUGGUUUCGAGGCUUCCUACAAGAACUGGGCUGCUGGUGCCGAUGCCACGAGCCACCUGUUUUUCGCCUAUUUGCGUUCUCUGACGCCCGAUGUGCCGCGUGGAGUCACCGGUAUCUCUUCUCUGCCUAUUUCCCUUCAGACUCUUCUCGAAGCCACGGAAUAUCCGCCGGAAACCCCCAGUUUGUUACAGGUCAGUACGACCAAGGUGGUUAUGAUCGUGGAGAGUGUCUCUCCAACGCCCUUUUCCUUGCUGCGCCGCGCAAGGAACUUCGAAUACAGUGACAACGAUUGGCACUUGCAGGAGUUUGCCGACUUCGAGGACCCGAUUCAGGCAUUGACCGACGAGUGCCUGCGUGUGCUUAAGUGUAUUUCCACCACAAAUGAGUCCACCGUCUCCACCUCGAAACACUCGACCAGCCUGCGGGAUGCUUCCUGGUCCCGUUUUGAGGAUAUUGGGUUCGGAGGUUCAAUUGAGUCUGACCAAGAGGAUGAGGAUGCCACCGCAGCGGCAGCGGUGCAAAAGAACGAAGCGGCUGGAGGUAUAAAGUCUGUGCCUCAGUCUCAGGGCGCUGAUUUCGGCCGUCCUACCACUCCGUCCUGGGCCGACUUCAUGUCGUCCGGCUUCGGGGAUGAGAACAAUCUCAAAAAUCCUGUCGGCCCCCUGCUUCUGCCACCGGACAAAGUACUGCCUCCUAUCGUCGCAGCACGAGGCCAGAGCUCCCAGUCUCAUAAGCGUCACUUGGACGCCGAGCCGUCGCUGGAGCCGGGUGAGUUGGCCAGCAUCAGCACUCUGGAUCUGGACGACUCAUUCUGGUGGGUUUGGAUCACUAGUCUGUCUGGCGACGAGCCCUCCGCACGCAAAGCAGUCUUCGGCCGUUGCGCACUUCUCGAAACCGUCAUUCGUAAUACAAAGUGGUUGGUCCUUGAGGAACAGGUCAAGGGCGCCGCCCCGGAGCCGGAGGUGGGAGCGCAAAUUGUCGAGAAGAAACGCUUCUUUAGCUUUGGUAGUCGCAAGGGUACCAAGCUGAGCCGCCGCAAGUCCUCGGCUAAGAAGGUAUCUUCAAUUGAGGAGUCGUACAAGCGCACGGGCAACCAGGCUGGGCAAAGCAAGACCAGCAUUGGACCCGAUCAGCACAAGCGCAUUCAGGCAGCUGCCGCAGCUCUGCAAAAGAGGCAUCGCGAGCAGGAAGCCCAGGCAGCUAAAGACCAAGGUCACGCUGGCGAUGAAAGCCGUUCCACGAAGACUAACUCGGUCCUGACGCUCCAGCCGGCUAUUGUGAACGAGGCCUCUUCGGCUAUGAAAUGGGCCAACAAUUAUGACAAGCAUUCUCUUCGAGCCGCCUAUCUGAGUGACACCCGUGCUGGUACUGGCACUCACGCUGAGCAUGCUGCAGCACCUCCAGCAGAGAAGCCUACCACUCCCACACCCGCCCCGCUGGCCACUACAACGUCUAAGAACCCUCCGCCGCCGCCUCCUAAGGAUGCCGUGGCGACCCCGCUGCCUCCAUCCCCCGAGCCGCCUGCAAAGCCCCCCAAGGAUGAUGUACCUCCUCCACCUCCACAGGAUGAUGAUAAGAAGGCCGCCACCAAAACAGUGGUAGUUGAGCCGCCUGUUGAACCGUCGCCUCAGGAACUGGUCGAGGAGACCAACAAGAAGCUCAAGAAGAAGAGCGGCAACGCCGGAUUCAAAAACAUGUUUACCGCCAACAAGAAGAAGAGCGAUCAGCCGCCCGUAAGGACUACCGGUGUUUCUUCCUCUGUGGCAGCUGCGCGCGCCGCCCUCGAAGCCAAGGCCAAGGAAGCUCAGGACUCCGUGCCCAAGUCAUCAAAGACAUCUGUGCUGAAGAAGAAGCCCGUUCCCGAGAAGAAGGCCGAGGCGACAUCCCCUGCCCCUGCCCCUGCUGCGGAACCGGAGAAGCCCUCAACCCCCCAGAAGACUGAAGAGCCCGUGGCCGAACCUGUGGUUGAACCCGAGGCUAUCGCACGGCCGGCUGCCAGCUCAAUUAACGAGAAUGCCGGCGGGCCACCGACGACACGACACGCAGUCGAGUAUGACGCUCUCUCGCGCGUCGAUACCAACGAGCGCGACGCGGCUGAUCAGGAGUUCUCCAAGUUUGACCAGGGCCCUUUGAUCGAGCAGCCUGCUUUUAUUCCUGUUGAGUCGCCGCAGUUGACUCCUAUGGCUGCGCCAGUACCAGAGGCAACUCCUGAGGCCUUACCGACCCCUGCCAACGGCCAUGAUGACGAGCCUGCUUCUGCCCCCGAAGCUGAAGGCGAAAUCUCGUCGGACGACCGCUGGGCUCAGAUCCGCAAGAACGCUGCGGAGCGAAUUGGCGCCCCUGAGGAGCCUGAGACCCGGACUAGCCAGUCUGAGCGGACAGACGAGGGAGACACCAGCGGCGAAGAAACCAUCGAGUCCCGCGUUGCUCGCAUCAAGGCCCGUGUCGCCGAGCUAACCGGAAACAUGGAGACAAAUUAG